AGAACCGGUUCGCGCACAGCAGAGCGGAGUGUUUUUGUAACUGAAACCUGCUGUUUUUACAGGAACCAUACACUAUGCCACAAUGACGACGAUUUUCUUGCCAUUUACCCCGCUGUUUCCUCGAACUUAUCUCUUUUGUAGGUGCUGGUAGAGAAAAUCAAACUUUUUUAGUAAGGAACAUACAACAGUGAUGAACAUGGACUCAGUAGCUCCUCCUCAACGCAUGCUGCAGUCACUCGACAGGAAUGCGGUGGCAUCUGAGGGCAACUCCGAUUAUUUACAAUCUGUUAGUAGCGAAUCGAGCUCAUUCAUAAUGGUUGAGCACAAAAACCGCCUCGAAGUUCCGUCCAGGCUUUGGGUGACGACGGUUGUGGUCAUCGUGAUUGUCCUGCAAGUUGCUUCGACAACAGGACUCUUCAUCUACUUAAAUCUGUCAAUGGCACAGGCUCGGUCACAGGGUGUGGUGGAGGAUCUAAGAUGUCUUGGUCUUCUGAAUGCUCUUGAGAAAGAGCAGGAGGUACCAGACGACCUGGUGAUGCUCUUUGGGGAGCCAUGCAUUAAAUUAGCUGAAGGACUCAAAUCCUAUAUUUCUAAGGUCACAGAAAACCUAAUCUCUAAACACACCUUUCAAGAAAGAGUAGCUAUCCCUCCUCACACAAAGUUACUUACAACUGGUAGCCCACGGCCGUCUGCUCAUCUUACCCUAAGAGACAGUGGACUUCAGGGUCCCACAUCCCUAGCACCCCAGUCCGAACUUCAUCAGUCCUGUCGUCAUCCUGUUCGUUCCUGGGGCAACCAGAGCUUCGGCUCCCACCUGCACAACAUGACCGUGUCCAAUGGGCAUCUGCGUAUUCCUCGCGCAGGCCGCUACUACCUGUACGCCCAAGUCUACUUCCGAUAUCUCACUCUUUCCAGUGACGAUUACCACUCAGGCAUUGUCAGCCACCAGGUGGUGCAGUGUGUCUACAAGAAGACUGCCUAUGCUCGCCCUAUUCAGCUCCUGAAGGGUGUGGGGACCAAAUGUUGGUCUCCAGACAGUGAAAAUGCUCUUCAUUCCAUCUACCAGGGUGGCCUGUUUGAACUUCGUGCGGGCGAUGAGAUCUUCAUCUCUGUGUCUUCUCCCACAGCUGUGUAUGCAGAAGACUCCUCCAGCUACUUUGGGGCCUUCCUGUUUGACUUCUGAAAGAUGCAGUUGUGGUUUGUGGUCUUAUUGCAAGGCAAAGGAAAUGGUUACUCUCGGAGAGGCCCACAUUGGAACUAUGAAAAAAAGGGAGCUACAAAUACUCUGUAUAAAGGAAUUACAUUCUGCCAUCUGGAAAAUUCAAGUUCAAAAUGCAACAGUCAAGUUUGUCAGUGAAAAUAUACUCAUAGUGGUGAUUUUUCAGAAACCAUCUUGUCAGUGUGGUUUUGUGGAGAAUUGACCUUCAUAUGCUGGGUGUUUGUGCUGAAGUGAGACCUCACAUGGCCAAGUGAUAUAAUACAAAAUCUUAUCUGGAUGGACAGAUCUUAAGCAUAUCUGAGAGGAAGCUGUAAACCAGAAUUUCCUAACAACACUUUUCACAGUAAAAAGAAUAUUCCAGGUUCAAUAAUAUUGAUUACCACAAAAAUGUUGUUACAUUUGGGUUACAGUGAGGCUCUUAUAACAGAAGUGAAUGGGGCCAAUAUUUAAACAUUAAAAUACUCACUUUUUAUAAAGUAUAGCCACAAAAUGUAAACAAAAUGUAUGUUAACAUGAUUUUAGUGUGAUAAAUCACUAACCUGACCCCUGGCACUCUGGCACUCUGACCCCAGCUUAGCUGGGAUAUGUGAAAAAUAAAUAAUUUCACCAUGUAUAUGCAGAAAUGUAUGUAUAAUGUGUGACAAUUGGUCAAAUUAAAUUAAAUUAAAUUAAAUUAACCUUUUUCUGUGUAAAGUUAUAGCCAAUUUUACAACUUCGUUACCAUGACGAUGUGAUGUCAAUGAACCCUAAAAUGACCAUUUAAACAAAUGUAUAGCUCAAAUUCAUGAUUUGUUACAGAAGAUUAAUGAAAGUGCUUUUAUAAAAUUCUAACCUUCACAUUUCUGUAUUUCACUUCCAUUGUAAGUGCCUCAUUUAAAAAAAAUUAAAGUUUUUUAAGAAAUGGAGGGACGAAUGGUCAAAAUAAUUUUUGAGGUAAUCAACAUUAUGCAACAAAUGCUGUUGAAUCAACUCUUUCUGGACUGCAUUUGGAAUUUUAACAAAUGCACAAAAAAAAUUAGCGAGUUGCUAAUCCAAAUUCAAAACAUUAACCAUACAAUGGUAUAGCUUGCUACUUUUUUCUGUUUUACGUUUCACUGUUAAUAUUGUUCAUUCAUUUUUAUAAUGACCAUCUAAUCUGGGUCAAUGGCCUGGUCAUGGUCCUUAAGUGUUCAGUUAAUUAAAUCUUUUUAAUUAUUAUUUGCCAUAUCGUAUCAUAUAUCAAACAUGUGAUUCAUUCAGCACUGAUGUCUGAAGUAAAUUCUGAAAAUUAUUUUCUUGCAAGUUAUCUUGAGGAACCACAGCAACAAAUCCCAGUAUUGUCUGCGUACAUGGGCCAGAUUAAGAGCAAGUCUUGUAAUGACUCAUAUUUGGCAAAUUUCAAAACAUACCAUAGUUGAUGUAUAGCAAAAUAAAAAAAAUAAAAAU